AUGACGAACAUCAAAACCAACCAUCGCGACUUCGACUUUGGCAUCACACUCUGUGUAAACCGUCGUCAACUACUUAACUUGAAGUACAUUGGAAAGACAUAACACGAUCGAAGUCAAGUUGCAGUCAUGUCGAGUUCCGAUUUGGGCAAGAGCAAGCAUGGCAUCCCCGACGUGGUGAUGGAGCACAUCGACAGAUACGUCGACUCGCUUGCGCCUCAGAUUCAGCCGCAGAUUGCCACCGAAAUUGACACCUUCCAGCAGAAGACCAUCGACAGUCUUGACGACCAGAUUGUCAACGCCUUCCGUUCGCUCUUCAACAAAGGUAACGAUGGAAAAUCUUCCGGAGGUGCUUCGAGAUCUCUGGACGCUUCGGCCCCGGACUCGUACGGUACCGAGUCACUUCCCUUUGCUGAUGAGAUUGCUGCUUUUACUCGUUCGCUCUCCAAAGCAACUGACGGAUUUGAUGAUGAUCUCCGGGGGAUUUUUGACUUGACUGAGGGGGGUGGGGAAUCUGAUCGAGGCAGAGAACUGGGCGAUUCGUCUCACCAUGGCGCCAUAGGGUUUCUUUCAGCGGCCCUUGAAGCCGUUACAGAACACACAAGGCCCGGAUCUGGAGGAAAGGGCGGCCAGCAAGUCUCACUGGACGGACUUUUAGGUGUACUGAGCAGUAGGGUGAAGGAAGCCUCCCGCAACCCCGAGGAAAAGGCUCGGGUCAUCAGUCCAGAGAUCAAGGAAAAAGUAGGCGUCAUUCUACGCAAGCAACAUGCCCCCCUUGCCGAACAGUUCACUCGGAUCGCUCUGGACCAUAUAAAGCGAUGGCUUCGCGGAAACACCUCCACCCGCGAUUUGGGCGAUGGUCUCAAGGGCGAGAUUUCGGAUCUGGUCUCCGGCAUUGCUGGAAUGUUCAGCCACAAGAGCAAAUCCGACGACAAUACGCGAGAAAUAGAUCGCGACGAGAACGAGGAAACUGGAAAUAAGGGCAUUUCGGGAAUGAUCAGCAACAAAUUGAGCACAGGUCUGGCCAAAGUCCACCGAGAAGUCCGGCUCGAGUUCCGUACCAUUUUGGGCGGCAUCGAGAAGAGUCUUUUCGAAUCACUUCCCGACGACGUCCAAGGCCCCUUGGAAAAGGUGCUUGGUGGGAACCCGUUCGACUCGUCCCUCAACAGCUCUGCGCAAGCGGGCUCUCGAGGAUUUGGUGAUGACAUCAAAAGCCAGCUGGUCGACAAAAUCCGCCGCCUUGUCCGCAAGGUCCAAGAAACUCUCCGCGAAAGCAUUCUCUCCAUGGUCAACGGUGGACAUCGUAAGUUCGAGCGUGCUAGUUGGUUGUUUGUCCAGGACAAGGUGGAAUUGAAGGUGCGCAAGUAUCUGCCUGAUGUCAGGAUCCGAGUGCCCGACGAUGUUGGAAACGAGGGCGUGAGUGUCGGCGCACCACAGACGAAUAUGAACUUGCCACCGUCAGGUGGAUCCUCCCAAUAGUUUGGUGGCCAAUCCCCGAGUCAAUCUCCAUACCCCAGCGGCCCUCCUGGUCAUGGUUCUCAACCGGCUU